AUGGCCGUCGCCCUGCUCGUCGCCCUGCCCCUGCUGCUGCUGCAGGCGCCCGCCGAGAGCGGAGCCCACUACGAGAUGAUGGGCACCUGCCGCAUGAUCUGCGACCCUUACAGCGGCGGCCGCCCGCCCGGCCCCGGCAGUACCGCCGCCGUGGAGGCCCUGCAGGACCUGGGCGCCAACCCCCCGCCGCCCUUCGUCCAGGGACCCAAGGGGGAGCCGGGCCGGCCGGGCAAGCCGGGCCCCCGCGGACCCCCCGGGGAACCGGGCCCGCCGGGUCCGCGGGGCCCGCCGGGGGAACGGGGCGAGGCGGGGAAACCGGGGCUGCCCGGGCUGGCGCUGGCCGGGGCGGGCGGCGGCGGGAGCGGCGGCGGGGCGGCCGCGGGCGGCGAGGCGGCGGGCGGGCUGAGCGCCGCCUUCAGCGGGCCGCGCAUCGCCUUCUACGUGGGGCUGAAGAGCCCUCACGAGGGCUACGAGGUCCUCAAGUUCGACGACGUGGUCACCAACCUGGGCAACCACUACGACCCGGCCAGCGGCAAGUUCACCUGCCAGGUGCGCGGCAUCUACUUCUUCACCUACCACAUCCUCAUGCGCGGCGGCGACGGCACCAGCAUGUGGGCCGACCUCUGCAAGAACGGGCAGGUGCGGGCCAGUGCCAUAGCCCAAGAUGCAGACCAGAACUACGACUACGCCAGCAACAGCGUGGUGCUGCACUUGGACUCCGGCGACGAGGUGUACGUCAAGCUGGACGGAGGCAAAGCGCACGGAGGCAACAACAAUAAGUACAGCACUUUCUCCGGCUUUCUUUUAUACCCCGAUUAA